GGCGUUGGGCUUUCCCCUGAAUCACGUGACGACUGGCGCCCUCAUCGUGUCUGUCCGUCCAGAAUCUCCCUCUCUACCACUUACAGGACGGUUAGCGUCUCCUGUUCGGCACCAUGUUCCGAGCUCUUUCCCGUUUAUCGACCUCAGGUUUCCGAAGUGUGGCUCGGACACGGACCGGUUACUCGGCUCCCCUGGCAUCCAGAUGUUAUUCCCAUGGGAAAGUGGAGACGGAGGAGGAGUUUGAUUCUCGUUGGGUCACCUACUUCAGCAAACCUGACAUUGAUGCCUGGGAGCUGAGGAAAGGCAUGAACACUUUAAUUGGAUAUGACCUGGUCCCAGAACCCAAGAUCCUGGAUUCAGCACUAAGAGCCUGUCGUAGGCUGAACGAUCUCGCCAGCGCCAUCCGCAUCCUUGAAGCUGUCAAGGACAAAGCAGGUUCCCACAAAGAAAUCUAUCCCUACGUGAUCCAAGAGCUGAAGCCCACCCUUACAGAACUUGGCAUCUCAACACCAGAGGAGCUUGGAAUUGAUAAGCUGUAGACUGUCGAGGCCUUUUUGAGUGAUGAUUCUCCUGAUUGACUCCCAUUGGAAAUGUCUAUAUUGUUGAUUCAAUACAUUCUGUGCUGUUGUACAAAUUAAUGGAUAUAAUUAAAAAACAAUUACCAAACGUG